AUAUUUAACUGAUGCAACAGUUGUAUAGAUUAUAGUGGUUCUGUUCAUUCAUUCAUUCACUCAUUCAGACAUGGUGUUAAAUUCCUUGUGCUAGUAAUCAGGGAUCUCACCAAAUGGCCAGAUCUCUCAACACCACAUGCAUUCCUGUAUUUAACCAGUCCCCCACCGUCUGCUCCAGUCAGAGUUAACACUAUGGCAUGCCAAAGACUAUCCAGGGUUAGAGGUGGGGGAAGACGAACAAGAAGAAUAAACCUGGGCUAGGGUAAGGGUUGAGAUUGGAUAUGAUCCCUGGUUAGAGAAGGAAGUGGGAGUGGGAUAGUGAUGCAAAUUCAGAAUAGGGUUAAGGGGAGAAACUUGUUGACACCGAAAGGAAACUAAAACAAGAAUCUGCUCACAAUACCAGAAACUACAUCACAUAAACCCCAAGAUACAACACAACCAUCAUACGAGACUAUGCGGAUUUCCCAGAACAAACUGAAAGACCAAUACUGUGAUAAAACCUAAUAUACUUUGUAGAAUUUGUGCUGAAAACCAUUAGAAUUUCUAUGAUGGUUUCUGUUGUUUGUUUUUCAGCAGGGAUGGCUUUCAUAUAAUCCUUUCCGCUUUUGUUAUGAUUGCAAAUACCAUCAGACACACACGAUGAUACUAUUCUGGAGCAUUGGUUUAAAAUGACCCUCACUGUCUUUUUUUUUUUUUUAAUUGUUGCAGUGGUGGUAAAAAUGGUUGCAGUCUUGAAUCAUACAGGCCUACAAUCAACGGGGACUGUAAUACUAAACACUUAGGUCAUGGCUAAGAAUGAAAUUGCAUGAUAUUGAGCCUUCGACACAAGGCUUACAUGGGGAAAAUCAGAUAGGAAAAAAGCUGAGAAUCCUAUUAGUGGCGCUCAAGCAAACUAGAAAAGUCAUUUUGACAACCAACUGUGGGCUAAAUCCAGAGAACUCGCAACAUCGUCAGAGCUACGGCCCUAACCAAUUUUAUAUAGGACACUAGCCUGUUUUGCUGUUUCAACCGAGGGUAGGCCUGCCUACCUGCAAUACUUUCAAGGCAACCCACAACGGCUGUGUUUAUGUGACUCGUGUGACGCAUAACUGGCUCUCGCCCAAUGGCAGAGGCACAUGUAAAUGAGCUCUCCCAGCUGGACGAGCUCAAUCUUCAAUGUUUUGUUUUGUGCGUGGCUGAAUUACGGGGUGGAUGCGAUGUACAUGACUGACGAACUGAAAAACGUUUUAUUGACACGAUACUGAUGGAUGAAGUACUUCACGAGGAGAUUUUCGAGAACGUCUUGUGGUGUGACAUGUGACCAGUGGUAUUGAGACCGCUUGGAGGCAGUGACCAAGGUUUUCAACUGGCAAUAGGACCCGUCAGGGAUCAUAUAACACCAUGAGUUCCCACACCGAAGGAGAUGCGUACACCAUCACGCCCGAGAUGCCAGCCAUGGUUGAUGGCAUGAAGUUGGCAGCAGUGGCAACAGUGCUGUAUAUCAUUGUUCGCUACUUGAAUCUGAAAAGUCCCACAGCACCACCUGAUAUCACCUUCCAAGACACACCUCUCAACCACUACAUCCUGAAGUCCUGCCCCAUCCUCACCAAAGAGUAUAUUCCACCAUUACUAUGGGGAAAAAGUGGACAUUUCCAAACGGCCUUGUAUGGAAAGAUGGGACGCGUUGGCUCCCCACAUCCGUGUGGGCAUCGGAAGUACCUUCCCAUGCAAGAUGGAGCAACAGCCACCUUUGAUCUCUUCGAGCCUUUUGCUGACCAUAUUACAGGAGAUGACAUUACCAUGGUGAUAUGCCCAGGGAUUGGCAACCACAGCGAGAAGCACUACAUCCGCACCUUUGUGGGCUGUUCCCAGAGCCAAGGCUACAGAUGUGCUGUCCUUAAUCACCUGGGGGCCCUGCCGAACAUUGAGCUCACCUCACCCCGCAUGUUUACAUAUGGUUGUACGUGGGAGUUUGCUGCUAUGGUGGGCUACAUGAAGAAGGCUUUCCCCCAAACGCAGUUCAUCGUGGUUGGCUUCAGCCUGGGAGGGAAUAUUGUCUGCAAGUUUCUUGGAGAGAGCGGGACCAAUCAGGAGAGGGUGCUGUGCUGUGUCAGUGUCUGCCAGGGCUACAGUGCGUUAAGGGCGCAGGAGACUUUCCUUCAAUGGGAUCGGUGCAGGAGGCUCUACAACUUCUUAAUGGCCGACAACAUGAAAAGGAUCAUCUUAUCCCACAGGGGCAGCCUCUUUGGAAUGAAUUCAAGCAAAAUGAAAGAUGCAGACUUGAGCCGUCUCUACACAGCCACUUCUCUCAUGCAGAUAGAUGACAGUAUUAUGAGAAAGUUCCAUGGACAUGACACCCUGAAAGAAUAUUAUGAAAAGGAGAGCUGUGUCCAUUAUAUUCAUAAUGUCAAUGUCCCACUACUCCUAGUCAACUCAUCAGACGACCCCCUCGUCCACCAGUCCCUACUAACAAUACCUCGGGCACUUGCAGAAAAAAAGCCCAAUGUGAUGUUUGCCUUGACGCUCCACGGGGGUCACCUGGGCUUCUUCGAGGGUGCCGUGCUCUUCCCCCAGCCCCUCACCUGGAUGGACAAGGUGAUCAUCAGCUACGCCAACGCCAUCUGCCAGUGGGAGAGGAAACGGCCCGCCUGCCAGGCAGCUUGCCCAGCGACCCCAUCCAGGAGCACAAAGACCAAAUUGAAGGCCUAACUCUGCCACCCUCCUACACAACACACACACACACACUUUCGCUGUCCAGUUACCAACAGCCCAACCUUCCUGAACAACACAGUACUGCAGUCUAUAGAGUCACUGUUGAACAAAAGGGGUAAUCCUCACAUGCAGCAAUUUAUUUACAGUUGGGCUUCUCAUGUCUAUAGGGCCAGUUGGAGAUCUAGAGGAAUACGGCACAUUGGCACAUUGAGUUAUCUGGACUGUUCCUCCUAUAAUGUGUGCAUUGAACACACAUGAAUAGAAAGACCCACAAGCUGUUCAUAUUUUUAUCAGCCUUGGCUCCUGUGGGCACAUAGAGAGGGGGAGAACUUGCUACGGAGUGUUUAUAAUAGAGGUUUCUAGAGUGUUUAUAAUGGAGGUUCUAGAGUGUUUAUAAUGGAGGUUCUACAGUGUUUAUAAUAGAGGUUCUAGCUAGAGUGUUUAUAAUGGAGGUUCUUACCUUAUUUGAAAAGAUGUUUUUACUUCAGCUGUUCAAAUGUAUUUCCUACCAAAUACAGCCUUUGAUAAGAAUGGUUGUAGUCAUCUUAAUUCUUGAUUUUGUUUUGUGCUUCACUGUUUGUUUGUUUUUAAGUGAGAUGUUUACUGUUCUUACAAUAACUAGGGAGUAGCACUAUACAUACAUACUGUAAACCACGUUACAUUUCCACAGUAACGUCAAAGAACCUUGACUUUAAUGGUCCAUCUUCUUUUGCAUUUUAAGGAACAUUACCAUAUGUACUUAAGCCUGAACUGCUUGUACUGCAAACUACCGAAACUUUAGUCAGAACCUUGUCGCUUUGGUAGAGAUGCCUGUCUUUUACUCGCGUGACUUGUCCCCCUAUGAGUCCUAAAGUUGCCUUACUGUCUCUCCUGUGCACCAGGAUUCAACCUGCUGCUCUGUGUAACAGGGGCUCCCUCUGCUGUUUCACUGCAGUCAAACCAAAUGCUUUUAGUCUGGGCUCUAGAAUCUAAUCUCACUCCACAAAGUUGAUUUUACGAAUGGACAAUGAUAAGCAUAUACUUUACGACACUGCUUUUACAUUUCUCAAGUAAAUGUUACCUUGACCAAUAGGAUGAGUAAUCAGAAAUGGGGGGUAUUUUCCAGGCAUAGUGCAAGACGUUGUUGUGUCCUUCUCUACCAUUCAGAUUUGAACAUGGGUGUUUGCCCAUUGAUUUCAAGGAUGUGCAAUGCAUUUGCAUUGCUUCCAUAUAACAUUUUCAAAAAGCAGCUUAUAGUAUGUGGGGAUAUACAUUUUGUCGUUGUAUAUGUUUGGUCGAAAUGGGACAUUUAGGGAGUAAAUGUGUUUUUGAAAGCAUUAUUAAAAGUAUUAUUAGAAGCCUAGUAAGAAGCAUUUGAAGAUGGAGGGAGGUCUAUGUGGAACAGCCAAGUAUGAAAGUGUAUUGGUGUCGUUGACCUUCAACUUGUUUUUGUGUUGAAACUCAAUACACAAACAUGGAGGAUACGAUCUCUAGUAUAACAUGGACUGCUACCUGUGUCUUUAGUAAGGUUACUACAUAAAUGUGUUGGAAGGACCUUGCUUUGUCUUUGGUUUUAUGGUAUGUGGUGGAAAAAACAACCCUUCAAGCAUUGUGUUUAAUGCCUUGUGGCAUUAUGCAACUUGCCAGGAAGUGAAUGGACCAGUAACUUGGCAACAGCUGAAUCAAGGCAAUUUGAGACUGUGCAUUGUGUCAUUGGUGUAUUGUUCCAGUGGGUAUUCAGUGUCAGUGACCAAUUAAAAUGCAUUACAACAAAGUAUCAACUGUUAUUCUUAUUAUAAUUACCAUUAUUGAGCCUUAUCUUUUGCAGAUUAUGUUUGCGUUGUCAUGUUUUAUCCUGUCUUGAUGAUGUUAACCCCCGUAGCUAAGAAAUGUUGAUGGAGAAAGUGGUGUGAAUGUAUUAUGCCAAGAUUGGGAGAUAUAACUGUGUUCUUCAAUAAAUUAUUUUCUUGUAUAA